CGGGUCAAACUGAACCCAACCCACCAGACAAAGCCGAAGUCGCUCGAACCUUUUACUCUGUGCCAGAGCGAGAAAGCAUGUUCUCUUCGUCAAUUUUUUGACUGCGGAGCACACUGCCUGUGACUGUAUGCGUGUGCGAAAUCAGUUGAUGGAUGAAGAAUGAUGAUGAGGGGUAGAAAUUUACUUCGUUUUGGUACCCGUUCGUAUUUGGAAGCAGCCGAUCGUGUUUGGAGAUUUACAUUUUUGAAAGUGUGUGUGUGUGUUACUUCAAGAAAAAAUGAAAAAUGCUUUACGCACACCACUUCAUAUCAUUGCUGCAAAUAAUAAAAAUCAUUUCUCGUCAACGCCGGCCGGCUAAACAUCGUUCAUAGCUUUGACAAGUUUUAAAAGGUGAUUUAAGUUAUUUGUGAUUCGAAAUGGCAUCUAAACGUGACAAGCAAACCGGGUCAUUGUAUAAAAUUCGUGACGCUAUGAACAAAGUACUCGAGCAGGAAUGGGAAAAUGAAGAACGUGAAAACACAACUGCCGCGUUUCAGCAGCUAGAAGAAAACAUGGAUGUGAGUUUCCCAUAUCCUGGAUCAGGAGUUGACAUGUCCAGCGACAAUAAUAUUCCUGAUCCUGUUUUGAGCGAUAGCGAAUUUUCAUCUUUGACUUCGAGUGAUGAAGAAGAGUCCAAUGACAGUGAUGAGAAUGAUAUGGAAUGUCCUAAUGUGCCGAAUGGUAUAACAUUUGAAGAUGGACUCAGAAAAUGGGCUUUGGAAACAAAUCAGAGACAUUGUGCCAUUAACUCAUUGCUGGCUCUGGUUCGAGAAACAACACCGUAUAAAGUGCCAAAAGAUGCACGGACAUUUCUCAAAACUCCGCAGUCAACCGAAAAGAACAACAUUAGUACAACCGCCGGUGGACAAUUAUGGUAUUAAGGAAUAGCUAAGAGACUACAACAAUAUUUCAAAAACAAAACCCCUAAGGUCGAUUUAAUGAAAUUAGACUUUUCAAUGGAUGGUUUACCGCUUCACAAAAGUGGUUUAACCCAAUUUUGGCCUAUUUUAAUGAGGGUACACGGAAUGCCUAAAACACCAGUGAUGGUGGUGGCUAUUUACUGUGGCGAAUGCAAACCUGAUUCGGUAGAGGAAUACUUAAGAGAGUUCGUCACAGAAUUCAAUGAACUGCAAAUCAAAGGGCUUUUCAUAAAUGGCAAAAAGAUAAAAGUGCUACCAAGAGCAAUCAUAGCAGAUUCUCCAGCUCGAGCGUUUCUAAAAGGUGUUGUCUGUUUCAAUGCAGCAGAGGGCUGUUUGAAAUGUCUUCAUAUAGCUAAAAAAGAUCCGGAUACAAAACGAAUGUAUUUCGAAGGAAUAGGUGCAACCAAGCGUACAGAUACGUUGUUCAAAGGAGGUGCAUAUCCUUCUCAUUGCAAACAUCACACACCUUUAAUAGACCUAAUGAAUUUCGAUAUUGUUAGAGAUGUUAUAACUUCUGAUCCACUUCAUUUAUUCUAUUUGGGAAUCAUGCGGAAGCUACUGAUUGGCUGGAUGAGUGGAAAGUUCGGAAAACAUAAAAAGUGGACUCCUCUGCAGAAGCAACAAAUUAGCAAAUUUCUAAAAGAGUCACAGCUCCCAUCGGAAAUUCAUCGCAAAAUGCGUGGAUUAAAAUACCUUCCGUUUUCGAAAGGUUCGGAAUUUCGGUCAUUUCUGCGUUAUAUUGGUGUCGUAGUUUUAAAAAAUAAUUUACCUAUCGAAAAUUAUAAUCACUUUAUGCUUCUGUUCUGUGCUGUUACAUUUUUAUCCUCUCCAAUUUAUAAAAACUAUUGGAGGUAUGCAGGAGAGUUUCUCAAUAAGUUUGUGAUGGAUUUUGAUAAAAUUUACGACAAAAGUUUAGUGUCUAGCAAUGUUCAUAUUUUAGAACAUGUUUUCGAUGAUGUUGAUAGAUUUGGUGACUUGGAAACGAUUUCCGCUGAUAUUUUUGAAAAUGAAUUACAGAAAAUGAAAAAUGGAUUGCGUCAUGGAACAAGAAGCUUAGAACAAAUCAUAAAUAGAUUGGCUGAAACAGAGGAAAUAAAGACAGCACAGGAAAUAAUUGAACCAAGUUUUCCUAAAAUUAGCGCUAGAGGUAAUUCCGUACGCUUUUACAUCACACCUGAUUUUGUGUUGAAACCAACUGAUAGGGACCAAUGGUUUAUGCUAAAAGAUAACACUGUUGUUAAGUAUAAAAGCGCAACUUAUGAGUCAGGAGAAUUCGUAUUGUAUGGAUGCCAAUUCCUUAAACAGCGUGAAAGCUUCGUAAAUCCUUGUUCGUCCUACAUGUUACAUAUAACGACAGGAGAUUUAAUUUAUUUAUCAAGCGAUUGCAUUAAGGUAUCUCUUUCAGAGGUGCUAUGUAAAGUUUGUGCUGUUGUAUUAGAAAGCGAUAGCUAUAUGUUUAUUCCACUCUUGCACACUUUCAUUCAAUAAUUAUAAUGUACUAUAUAUAAAAAUGGGGCGGUCCCGUGGUACGGUCCUCAACUAGAACGACUUAAUAACAUGCUCGUCAAUGGUUCGAGCCUAAAAUGGACCGUCCCCCCGUAGCAUGGAUUGACUAUCCGGCUGCGUAGUAAUGAAUUAAGUCUCGAAAGCCUGUCCAGCAUGUUCGCGUAGCGUACGAUGUUACGCCAUAUAGAAGAAGAAUAUAUAAAAAUAAUCGUGUAAUUUAAUUAAGUUUAACUACGCAAUAAACAAUAAAUGUACGUUUAAAUCCU